AUGGAGCAUCAAAAUUCCGUGAAAGAGCCAUGGAAGAGGCUGCUAUGGAUUGAACAGGAUUAUCCAGAUAACUAUACAGACCCGGAUUUUAUUGAACUUAUAACUAAGCUGCGAUACAAAGGUAAAAAUGCCAAGCCUUCAAGCUCAUCCUCGGUAAAGGAAAUACGAGAUAACUUGUUCAAUUUCUACUGCAAAGCUUUGAACACGUUUUUCAUUUACAUAUCGUUCACAUUCAUUCACCAGUAUAAGGUUGAUCCCAUACCACUCACUGUAGGGAUGACCAUCAUUGCAUUGUGUCUUACCAGCGCAGCUUCCGACAACAGAAGGAUAUUGAAUUUGAAAUCGUCAUUGGUUAUCACAUUUGCUAUGCUUACUUUAUCGCCAGUACUCAAAUCUCUGUCCAAGACCACUGCGUCUGAUUCUAUUUGGACUUUUGCAUUUUGGCUCACUGUGGCCUAUUUGAACUCCAUGUCGACUUCUAUUGACAGUCCACCUCUCAACGUUUCCACGAACUUACUGCUGGCAAUUGUCACAGUAUUAGCAUCAAGACUGGAUUCUACUACGCAUGUGUUUUGCUUCCUGCUAGGUUGCAUACAGAUGAAUAUCAUUCUUCCAAACUUCGUGCGGCUAUCAAAUAAGUACAUGUCAAUCUUCACCCAUAUUUGCGUAUAUGGUUUCGUGACAACAAAGUUGGACUGGACGUAUACCUUACUUUUGGGUGCUUGGGCUAUAUUCUACAUCUUCCUCCUACCUCAAUGGUUUGUGUAUUGGCAGACAUAUUACAGGGGUUACGAAUCGACUUUAUCAAGAGUCUGGGAGGCACAGAAACCCAUUUUGGAAUGA